AAAUGUUUUCUCGGUAUCGCUUCUGUAUCUUAGCCAAACACAGACAUUAUUCAACAUUUGAGAAAUUGGGCAUAUCUCGUUCCACAGUCAAGAAGUUAGAAUCCAAUUUUAAUGUGACACAUCCUACCCUAGCCCAAGAACAAUUCAUCCCAAUUCUAAUCAACGGGGAGCGAGAUCUUUUGAUACGUGAUCGUACAGGCACAGGUAAAACUUUUGGCACUGCCCUUGCUCUAGCAUCCUUAAUGCCAACUCGCCAUGCUUCAUUUGAAAGCGUUUAUUCUCUCUAUGUUGUUCCAAAUCAAGAACUUGCCUAUCAGAUUGGGCAUUGGCUAUCCCAAUUGACAGAUAGCAAACAUUUUCAGAUCAUGGCAGAUAUCAACACUCAACUGACAGACAUCCCUCAUACCCUUGUUGGCACCCCAGGUCGAAUCUUGGACUGUGUCAACCAAGAUAACCUUCCUUUGCAUGCUUUAGAACGACUCGUGCUGGACGAGGCAGAUCAAGCAUUGUCCUUGCCAAAACGAUAUGCUACUCAGCGUCAACAACAGAAACGAGCCACCCAUCCCAAGCCUGCUGAACGCUUAUUAGAUCACUUAUCAGAACACAAGCAUCAAACUGUGAUCUCAUCAGCUACACUGAAUAGACCAUUGCGAUACUUUUUGACACAUCAGAAAGGUUGGUUACACAGCCCUUUGUUUGUUGAUCUCGUUCAUGGUUCUCAAUUGGACGAAAAACGCAGUGCCACUGUCAGGCAUCAUUGCCUGGUCGUUUCUGAUGAUGCAAUUCGAAAUAUUCAUCAACACAAACAAGAUGUCCAAUCGCGCGACCACAAAGCAGAUUUCGACGAUACCGAUGAGCGCAUGAUAGAAAGUAUUGCUAUUUUACAAGACAUUGAACCUGUGCAAAACGCUAUUUUGUUUGUAGGACCCACUGUCAGUGUCACAUCUAUACAAGAAAAACUAGCAGAAUACAAUAUUCUAGCCAAAGAUAUUAAAGACUUCAACACGUCUCGAGAAAAAUCAAAAUUGUGGAUUGCGACUGAAUUCACGGCAAGAGGCAUUGAUAUGCCUAAUGUAUCUCAUGUCUUUAUCUUGGGGAAGCCUGUCUCUGUCACUUCUUAUUUACAUAUGGCAGGUCGAACAGGUCGUCUUGGUCCUUCUGGUUUUGGCAGCGGAAAGGUCAUCAACAUAGUGCGAGAACAUGGCUGGACAGAAUCGAAAAUGAUAAACAUGUAUGAUAUGUUGAAUAUUCCUAUAGAGAAAUAUGAAAAUGUCGAAUAAUAGUAUUAAUAAUAAUAAUAAUAAAAAAGACAUGGUUUAUUUAAUAU